CGGGCCGCGCAUGCGCAGUGAUGCGCCGCGCCGCGCGGGCCCUUCCCAUCAUGGCCGCCGCCGGUACCGGGAGCGGGGCCGGGCCCAAACGGCCUCGUCCCGGCCCCGCGCCGCGCAUCGGCACCCACGACGGCACCUUCCACUGCGACGAGGUGCUGGCGUGCUGCCUGCUGCGCCUGCUGCCCCGAUACCGGGACGCCGAGGUGAUUCGCACCCGGGACCCCGAGCGCCUGGCCGAGUGCGACGUGGUGGUGGACGUGGGGGGCGAGUACGACCCCGAGAGGCACCGCUACGACCAUCACCAGAGGUCCUUCGCCCAGUCCAUGCACAGCCUCCAGCCCGGCAAGCCCUGGACCACGAAGCUGAGCAGCGCCGGCUUGGUUUACUGCCACUUCGGCACCCAAAUCCUCGCCAACCUCCUGGGGCAGCCGGAGGACGGCCCCGUGGUGACGGCGCUCUACGAUAAGCUCUACGAGAACUUCGUGGAGGAGAUCGACGCCGUCGACAACGGCGUGGCGCAGACGGACGGGGAGCCCCGCUACGCCCUCACCACCCACCUCAGCGCCCGCGUGGGCCGCCUGAACCCCCGCUGGAACGACCCCGACCAGGACACCGAGGAGGGCUUCAAGCGGGCGCUGGAGCUGGUCGGGGGCGAGUUCCUGGACAGGGUGGACUACUACCACCGCGCCUGGCUGCCUGCGCGGACGCUGCUGGAGGAGGCCAUCGGGCGCCGCUUCGAGGUGCUCCCGGGGCUGGUUUGGGGGGCGGGAAGGGGGGGGCAGAAAGACGGCAGCCCCCUUUUUUUGGGGCCGUUUCUCCCCGUUUUGGGGGGCGGCCGUGCCCGUGCCCCUCCCCAACCCCUUCCCCGUGUCCCCCCCCGACCCCCCCAGGAGCUGGUGGUGCAGAAGGGCUGGCGCCUGCCCGAGUACACGGUGACGCAGGAGUCGGGGCCGGCGCACCGCAAGGAGUUCACCAUGACCUGCCGCGUCGAGCGCUUCGUGGAGAUCGGCAGCGGCACCUCCAAGAAGCUGGCGAAGCGCAACGCGGCCGCCAAGAUGCUGGUGCGGAUCCACAACGUCCCCAUGGAGCCGCGGGAGGGCAGCGAGGCCGAGGUGGAGGAGGAUCAGUUCUGCAUGGCGGGCCCCCGGCUGGAGGGGCUGCGGGGCCGCGCGCCCGGCUGCACCUGGGACUCGCUGCGGAACUCGGCGGGCGAGAAGAUCGUGCAGCUGCGGAGCCACCCCCUGGCACCCAUGGGUGCGGGCGCCUGCGCCCUCCUCCAGGAGCUCUCCGAGGAGCAGAGCUUCGCCAUCAGCUACCUCGACAUCGACGCGUUGAGCCUCAGCGGGCUGCACCAGUGCCUGGUGGAGCUGUCGACGCAGCCGGCCACCGUGUGCCACGGCGCUGCCCCGUCCCGCGACGGCGCCCGCUCGCAGGCCGCCCGCAACGCCCUGCAGUACCUCCGCAUCAUGGCGGGGGGCAAGUGAGACCCCCCC